AUGAAGGCGCCUCUCAAUUGCUAUCCGCUGAGUUUGCUGACGGAUUUAAACGACCACUGGCAUUUCUCUUGGUUCAGCGACAAGCACGUUCUGACCCAAGUUACGCUGAAGUAUCCAAAGAACGCGUUCAGAUUUAUCGAAGCAGCCGUACUGGGACGAACGGAUUCUGCCCCACCUCCUCCGUCAUUCAUGCCUGGAUCUUUCAAGACAAUCAAGGUUGAUGACUUCUUGCCCCAGCCGGUUGAUGCUCGUGCAGAGGAGAUGAUGGAACGAUACGAGUUGAUGGCAGAUGUGGUGGAACCAGAGUUUCUCAUGGCGAGGCGGAUGGAUUAUGCGCGACAGUUAGUCCAGUCGAUGCCUAUGUACUCUUACAUGUAUACGUAG